CAUGACAAGUAUUGUGCCAAAAUAGGCAUUUUAUUUUGAUUCUCUACAGGUACAUUUUAUUUUAGUUAUGUGAACUCAUAACAACUGAGAACCAUUCAUUUUAUAUGUGAUUUUCUUUAUUAUUUUAUUUCACUACUAAUGAAAGAGACACAAUUGAUGAGAUUGAAAACUAGGCAAUAGCACAUUUCGAUAUUCCGCCGAGCCCAGAUAACAUUAAAACCUGUCAAUGAUAUUGGACUACAACAGGAGGAUCAGUAUCAAAUUAUCUUACAGAAGAUCUACAGUAUUAGACUCCAUCAGUAUAGGCAGUAAGCCUCUACAAAUUUGGGAUAAAAAGGUUCGAAAUGGGCACAUAAAGAGGAUAACAGACAACGAUAUUCAGAGUCUGGUGCUGGAAAUAGUUGGGACUAAUGUCAGCACUACAUACAUUACGUGCCCCGCCGACCCCAAGAAGACGCUCGGCAUUAAGCUGCCUUUCCUAGUUAUGAUUAUAAAGAAUCUGAAGAAAUACUUCACUUUUGAAGUCCAGGUAUUAGAUGACAAAAAUGUUCGAAGGAGAUUUAGGGCCAGCAAUUACCAGUCUACAACAAGAGUCAAGCCUUUUAUCUGUACUAUGCCUAUGAGGCUUGAUGAGGGUUGGAAUCAAAUUCAAUUUAACUUAGCAGAUUUUACUCGAAGGGCCUACGGCACAAAUUAUGUUGAAACUUUGAGAGUUCAAAUACAUGCUAACUGUCGGAUAAGGAGAGUCUAUUUCUCUGAUCGUUUAUAUUCUGAAGAUGAAUUGCCAGCAGAGUUCAAACUUUUCCUUCCUAUACAGAAUAAGGCUAAAACAGCAGUAGCUACAUAGAAAUCUUUUGUUUUAAUAGCACAAUGUGUUUUUAAUUUAGUAAAAAAUAUAAUAAUAAGCCUAUUUUUAUUUUCAUAUUUUAUUGUACAUCAUUCUUAAAAUCCUUACAUGCUUUGUACAUUUUAUUUAUUUUGUACAAUUUUCAAAUUUAAUAAAAGCAUAUAAAUAA